AUGCGCAUCGCCAGUAAGCGGAUAAACUCCCUCUCAGUUGUCGAGGGGCUUGCAGGAUAAUGGCGAGAUGGGCCAGAACGCCUCCUCUAUUUUCAGCAUUGGGAUGCAACGCUGAGCGCGCUGGCAAGCUCAAACUCCACUCAGGUCAGCAGUGGAGAAGAUCACCAUGUUGAGCGAGACGUGCCAAAGCAAGGAUCAAGAUCGGCCUUGGUGCGCGUGAAGAACCAUGACGACUUCGAGUAUAAGAUAUCUCAAGUUCCCCGUGGAUGCUUGUCCAGAUCCAACCCCAACAUCCUCACCAAGCAGAUCAAAGCAAGCCUUCGCCUUCCCACCUAAGUCCUAAUUUCACCGAAUCAACUCUCACAAGCUUGCUACCGACUCAGCUGUCAGCUCCUCCAUCAUGCAGCUCACCAGCCUGGCUCUGUGCCUGGCCGCGGCCAUCUCGACCGUCGCCGCCUACCCCAUCAAGGGUGACGGCGUCAACUGCCGCACCGGCCCAGGCACCAGCUACAAGGUCGUCAAGUCGUAUGCCAAGGGCGUCGACGUCAAGAUCACCUGCCAGACCCACGGCGAGUCCAUCAACGGCGACACGCUCUGGGACAAGACGUCGGACGGCUGCUACGUGGCCGACUACUACGUCAAGACGGGCACCACCAACAUGGUGACGGGCCAGUGCGGCGGCAGCUCAGGCGGCAGCUCCGGCGGCGGCGGCGGCACCUCGUCGUACAACGGCAAGAUCAGCCGGGCCGAGAUCAUCUCGCGCGGCGAGUACUGGAUCUCGCGGCACGUGCCGUACUCGAUGUCCAAGACGUACCCGGACCCGCAGGGGCGCAAGUACCGCACCGACUGCUCGGGCUUCGUGUCGAUGGCGCUGCACGCCAACGCGCCGGGCUACAGCACCGUCACGCUCACGGACAUUGUCAAGCCCAUCAAGUGGUCCGAGCUCAAGCCGGGCGACGUCGUCGGCACCCUCGGCCCCGGCACCGCCGGCGCCUCCGGCCACGUCACCCUCUUCCACUCGUGGGCCGACAGCGCCCACAAGGAGUACAACACGCUCGAGUGCCGCGGCACCGCCUACGGCUGCGUCGCCUACAAGCGCCCCGUCGGAUGGAAGGACGGCAGCUUCACCGCCAAGCCGUACCGCUACAUCCGCGUGACCGACUAAGGUGGCGUCUGGUCUUCGGUCUGCUGGCGCUUUGGAACUUUUGGCUGCUGGGUGUUGUGUAUAUCGAAAUGGCUGCGCACACGAGGGCGGCGGCUGGUUGGUGUCUUGGUUGCCU